AUGGAACGAACCACUUAUCCAUUUACACUCGAUAAACAAAUGGUGAUAGAUUUAAAAACGGAAUACUUAAAAUCUCUUCAUGAAGCAGUGAAAUUUGAGAAUCGAACUCCUACUGACACUCUAGAAGUUGUGGCAAUAGUUUUAGCAUACUUAAAAAUUUCAAUCAAGCGUUACGUUGACGUUGUCUCUAUGACAAUAAUUCACACUUUUAUUGAUAAAUUUAGUGACCACGUUGAAGAAAAACUAAUGGAAAAUUUUAUUCAUGAUAAAGAUGGAUCAUUCGAUGAUUUAAUUAGGGAAGAUGAUGGUACAAAGUAUCAAAGAGAGAGAUUGUUAAACCGUGAAAAGCUUUUAAGAGAGGUGUUGGAUAAGCUUGUUAACUUUGGUGUUCAUUAUAAAUAA